UAUUUCCGAAUAUCUUAUCCUCACUGUAAAACGACAACCACCACCUCUCAAAGCACACUCUCAAAAGCUCUCACUCUCAUAGCAAGUUCUCUAACCAUGGAAGCCUCAAAGAUGCUACUAUUCUCUCCAAUAUCAACACCAAAGACAUUUACAAACCAUUUAAAUCACCCACUAAGAAAGCCAAAAUCUCAUCAUGUGAGACUCAAACUCAAGAUAACAAACAUGGCAAAGGAAGGAAGCGACACUAACAGCAGCCCAACAGAGAUAGCAGCAAUAGCAGGUGGGUUAAUCUCAACUCCUGUUAUAGGUUGGUCUCUCUACACACUCAAAACAACUGGUUGUGGUCUUCCACCAGGACCAGGUGGAUCAAUUGGUGCAUUAGAAGGUGUAAGUUAUCUUGUUGUUGUGGGCAUUGUUGCUUGGUCUAUAUAUACUAAAACAAAAACUGGUUCUGGUCUUCCUAAUGGUCCUUUUGGGUUAUUAGGUGCUGUUGAAGGGUUGUCAUAUUUGGCAUUGGUUGCUAUUGUUGUUGUUUUUGGUUUGCAGUAUUUUCAACAAGGUUAUAUUCCAGGUCCUCUCCCUGCUGAUCAGUGUUUUGGCUAGAUUUUCUGUUUUUCCUUUGAUUUUCAUUAGGAUAAUGUGAUAUGAGCCACUACUGUUCUAUCAUUGCACUUGUGGAUGUGGUUGCUCCAUGCAUGUAUCUUAGUAAUAUCAUUUUCCACUGCCUCUUGUUGUUAUUAAUUUUUGUGUGUAAAAAUGUUGUGAUGGUAAAUGGAAAUUUCCUUGUGUC